GGCAGUGUAUAGCAUAUAAAAAUUAAAGACGGCAAAAGCACGACAAAGUUUUUGUGGAUCCUGCAAAAUAUAUUCGAAACAAUUCAAAACUGGACCAAAGUCAGUUAUUAUCUUACUUGUGCCCUCGGUGCAGUUAAGCGAAAAAUUGAGAAAAGGCGGUGUUUUCUCUCAAAUAUUCUGCGACGAAAAAUGUUUGAGCGUCCUGCCAAAUAAUUUCUGUAAAUCCGAAAAGAACUCAAUAACUUACCAUGCCCAACGAGGAUGCAGAGAGAAGUGGUCCAGCCACUGGAGCGAUCAAGGAGAACGAGGUGCCACCUGCCGAACCCGUUAAAAGCGUCUCGGCCAGCGCCAGCAGCGCUUCGACCACGCCCCCACCCUCCCACGAAGAGGAGAAUAAUGGCGAAGAUGGCGGGGAGCAGGAGCCAGGCGACGAUGAGGAUGAGGAGCAACUGUUGAGUCGCAUGCGUGCUGAUGCCGUGGGGGACACGAUGUACAGCAGUCGCUUCAUACUCCAGACUAUGAUGCAGCUGAACCAACUGACUCCGGAUUCGCAGCUGGAUCAGCAACUGGAGGACGAUCUGUGUAAGGUGUGGGACAUGUCCACCUCUCCGGAGGUGGUCUCCAUGCUACUCGAAAACGAUGCCGUCGACUCAAUUAUGUAUACAAUUAUUUCUGCCUGCGAAGAUGUGCGCCUCUACGAGAUUCUUGUCGGCCUUCUGGGCAAUCUGUGCGCCCAGGUGGAUUGCGCGGUACUGCUGACCAGCAACCCGGAGUUUAUGGAAACUCUCUUUAAGAUGGCUAACUGCAUGGACACUGGAAUGCUAGUGCAACUGAUGCGACUGUAUCAAUUCAUCAUGGCGCAUGUUCUGAGCGGGAAAGAGCAGUUUGCUGUCGACUGGUACGUUUGUUUUGCCGCCUUCGAGAACUCUGCAGCAAAUCUCGGCAAGAUCCUACAGCAGUCUGUCAGCGAUGAGCUCUUAACCGCCGCUCUGAAAGCCACAAACGCUAUUCUGGCAAGCUGCGCCUUGGUGGAGGAGGAAAAUUCAAACUCUGCCUUGAAUUUAAAACCAUUCUCGGAGGUAUUCCUGGUGCAGGAGCUCUGCAACGGAGUUAACAUUGCCUUCCUGCGGCUCAUGCGCGACGAUCAGUCCAAGUUGUCGGACGAGGAAGCCGGCGCAGAGGAGGGAGAAGUACCAGCUGCCGUGGCAGAUAGUGGAGAGGAUGCUGAUGUUGGCUACGAGACGUGUGCCCCGAAAAUAAGCUGUGAUGUAGAGAUCAUACAAACCUACCUCAACAUUUGCACCAUUCUGGUACAGUUGCCAGAGGCGCAGAAUUCCAUGGACAUUUAUGCACCCAACAUUGUCAGUUGUCUCACGCGGAUCCUGCAGUUCCUGCAGCAGCCUCUGCAACUCUUCCCCAUGGGGGAACGUCAGGAGGAGUAUCUGGAAGAUCUGGCUCACAUAUGGAGCCGCAUAAAGUACUUCUAUCAAACGGAGGCGUUUACAAACCUGUUAGAAGUGUGGUUUAGGCUAAAGAAGCAUAUCGAUAACUACACAGAAAACGAUGAGGAAGAUGUCAACGAUUUUGAGGACGAGGAGGAGGAAGACGUUCCCAAGGAGCAGUAUGUGGAUAAUGCAUUGAAAGUACUGCGCCUUCUUGCCUGCAUGUUGAUUAAAGCAGGCAGCAUAGAUCUGCAGGGAAUAGGCGAAGAAAAACUUCAGCUGUUCAUGUCCUCUCUAAAAGCCGAGGAGGAUGCAAUCUUCUCAAGCGCGUUUGAAGUCCUAAAUGAGGUUUUGGAAAAUGAAACCAGCCAAGGCCAAGCCUGAGGAUUAUCUCCAAAAUGGUAAACAAAAUGACUGAGAUUGUAGCUUCGAACAGCACAAUAAAUUUGUAACUUAGUAA